UUCUGGAUCCGUGCCUGAUUUCUUUUAUAAAAUGAAUAAUACUCCUAAUACUCGAAAAAAAUUAAGUGGCUCCCAAUACCGAAAAGAAGCCAAGAAGAGGCAAGAGAAAGAAGAAGAAGUUUUGAAAAAACUAGGAGAAUAAGUAAUUAUUUAAUGCAUACUUUGCCAUGAAUACAGAUGAUGAUUCUGUGAAUAAUCCAUCUCCAUGUCCGUCUACAUCAACCACUAAUUUUGAAAAAAAUUCUUCUGAUUCCACUAUACGACAAAAGCUGAUUGCUGAAACAUCUAAACUACCUGAACCUGAAGAACAAAGCGCUACCCAUUCUGGUUUUGUAAGUAGUGAUCCAGCGGAGUGGAUAAUUAAGGAUACAACGAUUGAAAUUUUACUGGCCAGAGAAGUUAAUCAAAAUUUAAAUUGCGAUUUUAAUGAAACCAGAAUAUUUUAUGAACCUGGAAAAUUUAGAUAUCUGAAUAAAAAUAGUUUCAAAAGAAAAUUGAAAAAUGGAGAAGAAUACGAUUGAAAGUAUUUAAUAUACUCCCACAGUAAGAAGCCAUUAUUUUGUAUGCCAUGUCGAUUAUUUAGAGGCGAAUCUUCACUGGCGAAAGAAGACGGAUGUAACGAUUGGAAAAAUAUUAAUCGAAUACUGAGCUCACAUAAAAAUUCCAAAGAUCAUCACAUUUGCCAAAAAAACAUGUUAAAUCGAAGCAGAGCUAAUGAGAAGGUAGAUAAUAUGCUUUGUUCGCAAAUUGAUGCUGAAAUCCAUCAUUGGAAAAACGUUUUAAAACGAGUCCUGGCAGUGAUUAAAAAACUCAGCAGUCGAGGACUUGCUUUCAGGGGACAUGAUGAACGAUUUGGAUCAUUCCAUAACGGAAACUACAUGAUGUGUCUGGAAUUACUAGCAGAAUUUGAUCCAUUUUUAGCAAAUCAUAUUGCUAUUCGCGGAAAUCCUGGUAAAGGUAAUACGUCAUAUUUAUCGUCAACAAUUUGUAAUGAAUUUAUCAAUUUGAUGGGCAAACAUGUAACGAACAAAAUUGUAAAUGAAAUUAAACAGUGCAAGUACUUUUCUAUCGUCGUUGAUUCUACUUCUGAUAUUUGUCACGUAGAUCAAUUAUCGUUUGUUUUGAGAUAUGUGAAAGACUCUACUCCAGUGGAACGAUUUUUGCGUUUUUUACCAAAAGUAGGCCAUAAAUCUGAAAAAAUGGAGGACGCAGUUCUCCCAUUUUUGAAAAAUCUUGGAAUUGACAUAAACAACUGCAGAGGACAGUCAUAUGAUAAUGCCAGUAACAUGUCCGGCGCGUAUACUGGAUUGCAAGCGCGAAUAGUCAAACACAAUUCUUUGGCCAUAUAUGUCCCAUGUUCUGCUCAUUCUCUGAAUUUGGUUGGUUCAUGCGCUGCUGAGUGUGUUCCUGAAGCUUCAGCAUUUUUUAAUACCAUUCAGACCAUAUUCACAUUUUUUGCAGCUUCUACUAACAGAUGGGAUAUAUUUACAAGUAAUUUAAAAAACGGCCAAACAGUGCUGAAACGAGCAAAUGGCACUAGAUGGUCUUGUAAACACGACGCUUGUAAAAGUGUAGCUACAUGUUGGGCGGAAGUUAUACAAUCGUUGAGUAAUAUUCGAGACGAUAUGAUGGAGAAAGCUGCAACUCGGAGUGAAGCAAAAGGUUACAUAGACCAAAUAAACAAUUUUGAAUUUGUUUUUAUGAUAAUUUUUUGGAACACGUUAUUAGAACGUUUUAAUGCGACAAGUAAGUCGUUACAAUCGACCAUAAGAAAUUUAGAUACUGUUGUCCACCUUUAUAGAUCCUUGACAGAUUUUGUCACACAAUUGCGAAAUGAAGUGAUGUUUGAAAAAUUCAUAAUUAAAGCCAAACAAUCAAUCACGGAAGAAUAUAAAUUUGAUAUGAAGCGGGUCAAAACUAAAUCACUUUUACUGGGUGAAACACGAAAGAAUGAAACGAAACCGCAAAACGGAAAAGAUAACUUACGUAUAAAUGUAUAUUACCCAAUACUCGAUUGCAUUCACAUUGAACUGCAUAAAAGGCAACUGGCUUAUACUGAAGUGGCGGAAAGAUUCGAUUUUUUACUGCAUUUGAAAAAUUUUGAAGCGGACAUAAUUUUGAAAAAAGCGGAACAUUUACAGAUGCUGUAUAAAAAUGAUUUGGAUGACAAUUUUCCAACUGAGGUACUGCACUACAAAGAGUAUGAAAUUUUCAACUUCGAAUAGUUUAUUGAUGAAAAACUAGAGCAAACAUUUCCGAAUGUUUUUAUAGCUCUUAGAAUUCUUUUUUCCGUGGCAGUAUCGAACUGCACCGCUGAAAGGUCAUUUUCCGCACUAAAAAGAAUAAAAAUGUAUUUACGAGCCAAUUUACAGGAAGAAAAACUCAACGCUUUGUCCAUACUGUGUAUUGAGAACCGCAUCACAAACGAAUUAGAUUUUGACCACUUGAUAAAUGAUUUUUCCCAAUUAAAAGCUCGAAAAGAAUUGAUUUAAAUCA